AGUCUGAACCUCAUUUCUCUCGGACGAGUUCUAUGAUCCCUUUAUUUACUACGGAGUUUGAAACAGUUUUUGGCUUUUGAUCAUCUCGAUUUUGACUUUUUGAGCCCGUGCAAUUCUAUUUCAUUGAAAUCGGAGCCAGUUGGCUGGAGGAUUAUCGCGAAUGGAGACGGAUCUGUUUCGUCUCAUAACGGAGUGCCGAUUAUCAAUUUAGACAUUGUUCAAUAAUCAUUACUGCCUUGGAGAAGGUAGGAUAUGCAUCUUGCAGCAGGAUAGGCUCAUCAAAUGGUGUGGAGUUUCCACUGCAUUGGUGCAGUAGUAAGUGCUUAAUAACUGUGCAGAUUGUUAUAUUUGACAAUGUUGGCUGACACAGAGUGUCUGAUAGCGAUGAAAAAUUAGAAUGUGAAAGUAAGUUUCUGAUUAUUUACAAGUAUCAUCAUCUCUCCAUUGAUGAGAGGGAUUUGCCUCUUUUCACGAUGCGAUGUACUCAUAGAUUACCCUUCUUCACACUACCCCUUGUACUCCUUAUCUUCUCAUUUGUGCUCCGUCUCUUCCAUCCCCUUCUAUUUGUUCACUACCCUGAAAGCGCUCGGGAUCAACCCUUGUUUCGUUCUACAUUAAAACCCAAGGAUGUACGCCACAACCACCUUGAGGUUCAAAAGCGGGAAUCUUCAUCACGGAAUAAUUAUAUUGUUCGAUUCACUAAAUACUUGAAAUCUGAAUAUCAUCAGACAUAUCUGCAAGGUAACGUGAAAUUGAAUGGUUGGGAAUGGAUAGAAAGGAAGAACCCUGCGUCUCGGUUUCCUACAGAUUUUGCAGUGGUGGCAAUUGAGGAAUCAAUGAUAGAACUUUUGAUUGAUAAGUUCACAAAAUUAAAGUUUGUGAAAGACGUGUCAUUAGAUUUGAGUUAUCAAAGAGGAGUUCUUGCAAAAAAGAAUGACAGAAUUGGGGGUUUUUUUGACGGAAAGAAGAGACCAGGAAAAAUUUUCACUUCGAUGUCUUUUGCCGAAGGAGAGCAAAAUGAAGGAAAGAGAAAUGUAAUAUCUAACACAAGCAAUAUGGAAAUCAGCUGGAAGAGGGAGCUAUUGAUGCAGAAGCACUUUGGUCAAAAGGAUACACCGGCGCUAAAGUUAAAAUGGCUAUUUUUGACACAGGCAUUCGAUCAGAUCAUCCUCAUUUUCGUAAUAUCAAGGAGCGUACAAAUUGGACCAAUGAAGAUACACUUAAUGACAAUCUAGGACAUGGGACAUUUGUAGCAGGGGUUAUUGCUGGACAAGAUUCAGAGUGUCUUGGUUUUGCCCCAGACACAGAAAUCUAUGCUUUUAGAGUAUUCACUGAUGCACAGUUUAUUGCAGGUAUCAUAUACUUCAUGGUUUCUUGACGCAUUCAACUAUGCAAUUGCAACCAACAUGGAUGUGUUGAAUUUGAGCAUAGGUGGACCUGAUUAUAUGGAUCUUCCAUUUGUGGAGAAGGUUUGGGAGAUAACAGCAAAUAAUAUUAUCAUGGUUUCGGCAAUUGGGAAUGAUGGACCACUUUACGGGACUCUGAACAAUCCAGCAGAUCAAAGUGAUGUUAUUGGUGUUGGUGGAAUUGAUUACAAUGAUCAUAUAGCAUCAUUCUCAUCACGUGGCAUGAGUACAUGGGAGAUUCCUCAUGGUUAUGGCCGCAUGAAACCUGAUAUUGUUGCUUAUGGACGUGAUAUUAUGGGAUCCAAGAUCAGCACAGGUUGCAAAAGCUUGUCUGGUACUAGUGUUGCGAGUCCUGUGGUGGCUGGAAUUGUAUGCCUUCUUGUCAGUGUCAUUCCUGAAAGCAAGCGGAAGAACAUGUUAAAUCCAGCGAGUGUGAAACAGUCUCUGGUUGAGGGAGCUGCAAAGCUUCUCGGCCCUAACAUGUACGAGCAGGGUGCAGGCAGGGUCAAUUUAUUGGAGUCUUAUGAGAUUCUAAAAAACUAUGAACCUCGAGCAAGCAUCUUUCCCAGUGUUCUUGAUUACAGAGAUUGUCCUUAUUCUUGGCCAUUUUGCUUCCAACCACUCUAUGCUGGUGCCAUGCCAGUUAUUUUUAAUGCUACUAUUUUAAAUGGAAUGGGUGUUCUUGGUUAUGUUGAAAGCCCACCGACAUGGAAUCCCUCGAAUGAGGAGGGCAAUCUUCUUAGUAUACAUUUCACCUAUUCUGGUGUUAUUUGGCCAUGGACGGGUUAUCUGGCGCUUCACAUGCAAAUUAAGGAAGAGGGGGCUAAAUUUUCGGGGGAUAUUGAAGGAAAUGUUACUGUUAAGGUAUAUAGCCCUCCUGCUCCAGGGGAAAAAUCUCGCCGAAGUACUACAUGUAUCCUUAUGUUAAAAGUGAAAGUGGUUCCUACCCCACCAAGAGAAGCUCGGGUUUUAUGGGAUCAGUUUCAUAGUAUAAAGUACCCUCCUGGCUAUAUACCAAGAGACUCUUUGGAUGUUAGGAACGACAUCCUUGACUGGCAUGGAGAUCAUCUUCAUACAAACUUCCAUAUUAUGUUUGACAUGCUAAGGGAUGGGGGGUAUUAUGUUGAAACACUUGGAUCCCCUCUUACAUGCUUUGAUGCACGACACUACGGGACUCUUCUCCUUGUGGAUCUUGAGGAUGAGUACUUUGGUGAAGAGAUCAAGAAGCUCAGGGAUGAUGUCAUCAACACUGGAUUAAGUGUGGUUGUAUUUGCUGAUUGGUAUAAUGUGGACACAAUGGUGAAGAUGAGAUUCUUUGAUGAUAACACACGGAGUUGGUGGACUCCUAUAACUGGAGGUGCGAAUGUGCCUGCCUUGAAUGAUCUUUUGGCUCCAUUUGGGAUUGCAUUUGGAGAUAAAAUUCUUAAUGGUGAUUUUGUCAUUGAUGGUGAGCAGAGUCGAUAUGCAUCUGGAACUGACAUUGUCAAGUUUCCUAGAGGUGGAUAUCUACACAGCUUCCCUUUCCUCGAUAGUUCAGAGAGUGGGGCAACUCAGAACGUUCUGUUAUCUGGCACGACCAAGGCAGACACUCCAAUUCUCGGUCUUGUGGAGGCUGGUAAGGGCCGUAUUGCAGCAUAUGGGGACUCAAACUGUUUAGAUAGCAGUCAUAUGGUUACCAAUUGUUAUGGGCUUUUGAAGAAAAUACUAGACUUUGCCGGCAGGGGUGUUAAAGAUCCCAUACUUUUCUCUGACUCUGUAAGACUAGAUAAACCAUUAUAUAUAGACGAGAAGCAAUUACCCUCCAGACGAACAGAUGUGAAUUUCUCUACCUAUUCUGCUGUUGUUGGAAAGGAAUUGAUUUGUGGGCAUGACUCUAGGGUUGAAGUGUGGGGAACUAAGGGUUACAAUUUACAUGUUAGAGGAAGAAACCGAAUAUUGCCAGGGCACACAGUUAUUGAUAUGGGUACUGAUUUAAAUUCUACCCCAGAGAGCUCUUGGAUGAAAAUGUCCAACAUGACUAAAAAGAAGGGUGGUUAUUCACCAAGAACCAAGGACACCAAUGGAGAUGAUCAAGAUUUGCAGGUGCCUUUAGCUACCCAUUGGUUUUUGCCUGCAGGUGUUGCAAUUAUCGGGGUGCUGCUACUCUUAAGCCUCUGGCGCGUUCGACAGAAGCGAGGCAAGCGGAGGAAAUCGUCUGGUUCAGGAGGACGCUUUUCUAACAAUGUAUAGAAAUUAAAUGCUCGUCAUUUUUACACUAAUUCGCGGCCCGUAUUGUUUUUCUUGUCGCAUUGUUGUUAUGUCACAUAUCAAAGAUUUUUUUUUUUUAACAUUUUAUUGUCACCCUAUGAGAGGGACGACACACCCACAUUGGGGGGGGGGGGGGACGAGUUUUGUAAGAUUAGUGAGACUGCCCAAGAGAUGCUUCACAUUACUUUUGUGUGAGCACACGUAGAGAAGUUGCUAUAUUACUCUUUUUAACAAAAAGGGCUCCUUUUU